GGGCACACGCGCCCGGCCAACUCAGCAAGCAAGCCAUCCCCACCAUCCAAUCAAAUCAAAUCAAUCAUUCAAAUUCUUCAUCUGAGAGACUGACUAUGGAAGGCGCCCCAGAUGAUAAGGCUUCCGCCUCCGAUUCCACCCCGACGCCAAUUUCCGGCGCUGCCGCCGCCUCCGCCGCUGAUGGAAGUGCAGGCUCUGAUGAAAUUCUCAAUAACUCCUCCUACGCGGCAGUGGCCGCCCCCCGAAGGGGAAUUGCUUACCACCGGGGGCAAUUUCUCCGGUGGAAGACGGCGUCCUCAACUACUACUGGUGUUUCAGAGAUUAGUUUCUCAGGAUUUUCUUCAUACAGACGUGAUGACGAUACAUGGAAGGAGAUACUCUGUGAAAAUUUCGAUGUGGUAUCUACGCCGGCGCAGGGCCCUCUUGACAUACUUCUAAAAUUGGCCUUGCUGCCCGCCACUUCCCCUGCCGCCGCCGCCGCUGCGGCCGCCGCCUCCCUGGAGACACUGGGAGACACUCUAGCGGACGAGUUGGAAUCCAAGAAGGCCCUGUUCUACGGAAAUGCAGAGGGCGACUAUCGCGGGCCUCCAUUGAAUAUGUGUGCUGCUCUAAUCCUUUCAUCAUCUUCCUCAAGGGACUUGUUGGCCUCAUCUCUAGGUGAGGCCACAUUGGUCUUGCUCUCAAAAUGUCUCAACUGGAGGCUUCUUGUUGCGGGGGAAGUGGCUGUGAGAGUCUUGCAAAUGCUAAACUGGCCUGCCGGCGAAUCCAUCUUAUAUAAUUUCAUCUUGUACGCCGGAAAACGAGUGGUACAAUCCGGCGAUGGUAAGGAGGCCGCCGCCGCAGCAUGUGCAGAGAUUCUUCCCAAUCUGACUGAUUUCCUCAUCGGCGAACUACCCAAAGCUACUUACAUCCACCAUGCCCUAGAGGCACUCCACACACUCUCCACAGAGAACAUUUACUACAAGUCCCACUCCAAUACCCUUUUCCGAUCUCCAAAUCACCUGCUCUACGUCUUGAGGGUCCUCUCAAAGACCUCAUUCAGGCGGGACCUAGACUAUGCUUCUCGCUUCAAGAUACAUGAGGUGACCCAGCCUUUUCUGCCGGUCAUCAAUGCUGACCCAGAAGCUUCAGCCCAGCUUUUGGACGACUUGUGCCUCACGCUGCUCACCAGGAGACCAAAUUAAAAAAGGCUGCUUCUGNGCUUCUGGGCUUAAUCCUGG